UCAUCACCAACAAUCUUUCCCUGUUAAGCUCGACACUUGGCCAUUCAUUACAACACAAAGGAGACAAACCAAAUGGCUGCUUGCAUCAAUAUCGGUCAACGCCUCGAAGGAAAACUGGGAAGUUAUCUUGUCUCUGCGCAAAUCGCCAAAGACAUCUGGACAGCUACGUGAGACUAGCUUCACUCAUCCAACUCGGCCACAGCUAUCUAAUUACAUCCAGGAAAAGCAAUUCUCAAGCUGUGAAAUUUAUCAUUAAGACAGCUCCCCAAGGCCGGCUCGACAACGAGCGGGAUGUCUCAAAGCAUUUCCGCAGCUGCCCCUACAUACGUCAGGUGUUGGACGAAACCAAAAAUCCUCCAUCUUUGAUCCUACAGCACCUGGACGACAAUCUUUUGCAUGCAUCAGCCAUGGAGACCCUGAAAAGCUCAGAUGUGAAGUUCGUAGCAAAAAGAGUGCUCCAAGCAAUCCAGGCUUUGCAUGAAGAUGGGUAUACGCAUACUGACAUCAAACCGGACAAUAUUCUUGUCAACUAUGGCACUGGAUCAUCACGAUUCGCGGAUGUUCAACUGGCUGAUUUUGGCGACGUUACUCGCAUAGACCCCAAGGAUUACCUCAAGGUCGGUAUGGACGGUCCGCAUGUAGGAGCUGCCAUCUUCAGGAGCCCUGAGACUAUGAUGCAGCUCAGAUGGGGGCAGUCUACUGAUAUUUGGUCAUUUGGCGCAACGGUCAUAAGCCUUAUAUGGGGUCUUAACUGGCACAUGUUCAAGCCCGACCCUAAAGACGCCACAGCUGAUGACGAAGAGUAUCUGAUUCACAUCAUCAUAAGACAACUAGCCCACUUUGGUCCCGUUCCCAAGUCCUAUAUAGAGCUGAUCCCGAGAGAGGACGGCGACAGAUGGUCAAUUCUAGCCUCGGCCACUCAACACAUCAAAGACAAUCAGAAGCAAAGGCCGUUUAAACUAAUUGAGGACGACUGUCUGACAGAGGAAGACAGGGGGUUUUUGCUAAAAGUUAUGAAAUUGGAUCCUAGAGAUCGUCCAACUGCGAAGCAAUUAUUACAUGAUGAGUGGUUUAGUGGUGUACCAUAGGUGGCAUUCAAGUCCCCUGCUUUCCGAUUGAUUAAGCUCUGCUAUCUGGACUUUCUGGGGGCAGGUAGAGGGCUCCUGGAUCUUGACACUUGCCGACAAUAAAAAUUCGAUUGGACCAAAUCAUUUUUCAACCCUGCUGCACACCCUUUGCACACUUAGGCGAGCUGGAAAUAUGUUCCAAGCGCCGCAUUGAAUAUCCACAGGUUCCGAGCGGAGCGGACUCAAUACUACUACCCUAUGCUGCCAUCGAAUAGAGCGAUACGCCUUCCAGACCUUUCCGGCCUCAUCCCGGUGACUCGCGCCAUGCUUUUCGUUUCUUGGCUCUGGAUGAAAGAUUGAUCGAUGUCGAAUCAAAUUUCCAUCAGAUGAACAAUUGACUGCUACCUGGCCAAGCGGCUGAGCCUAAACGUGGUAUCGCUUGGCCAAGCGCGCGCGUUCUCAAACUCAAACAUACAGUAAGCAGGACCGGGGUAGGCGUUAAUUCUGUCGUCGAUUCCAUCUCUUGGUUUGGCACCAAAGAAAUGUGGCAGUAUAAGAACAUUGCUACGCUGCAUACAUUGCUGGUACCAUAACUAGAUUCCUUCCUUAAUUACUUUAUUCGAUAUCAUUCGUCCCUCACAAGCCGCGUUUCGAACUCUUGUAUUUACCAGCGCUUUCCUUUUUUUAUCUCGUCGUCGAAACAUUACACUCUCAGUUCCUCCCAGUCUAGCACAACUCGUCAUGUCCGGUAACGCAAUCAAAAAGGCCAUUCCCGUUGGUAAAAUUGUCAAGAUAGGCGUUGAAAUCGCCUGCGAAGUUGCAACAGAGACGACAGAGUGGACGAGACCUCAGCGUGGUCGAUAGUUUUCUCGUUCUUAGCAAAACAGGAACGGACGGCCGUUCGUUUACACUAACCCCAAACGGACUAGCGUUCGUUUUAGCGACCUAGAACAGCCGUUAGUUAGUCAGAUCUCCAACGGAACAGAGUCGUUUAACCCCGUUUUAGUAUAGUUCCCGCUAAGCCUUAUAUAAGUAGACUGUGCUACCCCUUCUAAUAACCUUCAGGGGAAAGUCAGAUAUCUAAGCAUUAAACUCUACUAAUCUUUAGUAUAAAU